AUGCCGCCCCCGCCCCUGCCAGACCCCGCACGGGACCCCCCGACGGCCCCGUACCGCUCCCAGUCCCGCCCCUCCGCAUCUCGGCCCCGCCGCGAUCCCCGCGACGGCAGCGACGCGCCCCCAGCCCAGUCCCUUCCAGAUGUGCCGCCCCUCCCGCGGCGUCGCUGCCAGAUAGCCCGGGGGGCGAUGGACACCGGCGCCCCCCCCGCAGAGCCCCGCUGUGCCCUCGGGCCCCGGGGACCCCUCGAGCCCGUCCCGGCCGCGCUCUGCGCCCUCGGGGCACUCCUGGGCCUCGGUUGUGGCUGCUUCGGCUACCGCUGCUUCAGGGCCGUCAUGUUCCUCUCGGGGCUGCUCUUCGGCUCCGCCGUCAUCUUCCUCCUGUGCCACCGGGAGCGUGUCCUGGGGUCCCCGCUGAGCCUGGAGGCGAGCGCGGGCAUCGCGCUGGGCAUCGGGCUGCUCUGCGGGCUCCUCACGGCGCUGCUGCGCAGCGUGGGGCUCUUCACCACGGGGCUGCUGCUGGGGCUGCUGGUGGCCGCGGCCGCGCUGGCCGCGCUGGCCCCGGCGGAGCCCCCCGGCAGCCCCUGGGUGGGCGCGGGGGUGGCGCUGGGGCUGGCGCUGCUCGGAGCCCUCUCCGCGCUACGCUGGCCCCGCGCCCUCACCGUGCUGGGCACGGGCGUGGGGGGCGCGGCCGCCCUGGUGGUCUGCGCGGAUUAUUUCGCCGAGGGGGCGGCCCUGGUGGGGUUCGCGCUGGCCCGGCUGCGGGGGGCGCCGGGGGGGCCGCUCUGCUGGCCCGGGUGGGCGCUGCUCGGAGCGUGGCCCGCGCUCAGUGUCACCGCCGUGCUGCUGCAGUGGAAGGUGACGGCUGGAGGGGCACCAAGGGGACACGUCCUCAGCCAGCGGCAGAAGCGGCUCCGGCACAAGGAGCCCAAACCUCCCCCCGAGGGUCCUCCCGGCCCCCAGGCCCCUCCGACCCAUCGCUGCAUGGACACCCCGAGCCCCAGGGACCCUCGAGACCCCCCGAGCACCGCUCAGAGCCUGCGGGACCGGCAGCCGGACAGCGUGGCCCCAACGGGACCCCCCAAGGCCACCCCCCUGCCCCAACAACGCCUCUGA